AUGAAGAAAAAGCCUGUUGAACGUGACGAGCUGAUAGAAACGGCAUCUCGGAUUGCGUCUUGUGUUUCUAUUUUUCUUAUUAUCUCUUCUACUGCUAUGUAUAUUUUCAUUGGAUUCAAAAUAGGAAACGUUUCAUUCAAACUUGACAACCAUGCUAAAGGAUUUGAGAUUCUGAAAACUGAUACAGAAUCAGAGCUUUUAAAUGUAGAAGAUGACCACAUCAGAACAUCACGUCAGGCCUGGAGAAAGCAGCAACAACGAUGGAGAAGUGGAAACGGGGCUGGCAACCGGAGGAAAACACAAUUUGAGGAACCAAAGAUCUGUGAUUGUACUGUGAUUGAUUGUCCGAAAGGACCGCGGGGACCGCCAGGUGACGAUGGGAAUAGUCCGGUUGAUGGAAAUCCAGGUGAUCCUGGAAAAGACGGAACCGAUGGAAUUUAUCAAGUUGACGAACCAGACUGCCCACCAUGCCCACAAGGCCCUCCAGGAGAAGAUGGAUUACGAGGCGAAGCUGGUGAGCCUGGUCGCCCAGGAAUACCCGGUGAAGCCGGUAGACCUGGUACAAACGAACCUGGAACUAUCGGAGCGCCUGGCUCUCGUGGACAGUCCGGAAGAAAUGGACCGAAAGGAGAUCCUGGAGAAUCUGGUCAAGAUUUUGUUCAACUUUCCGGUCUCCCUGGACCAAAAGGUCUUCCUGGCCCAGUUGGCUUGCCGGGUGCCCGAGGAGAUCCUGGUAACAAUGGGAAACCGGCUCCGCCAGGCCCAGAAGGUUUUCCAGGGCCUGUUGGAGAUCCAGGCGAUCUGGGAGAAUAUGGACUACGCGGAGUACCAGGACGACGAGGAAACCCUGGAAAAGAUGGAGGCUACUGCCAGUGUCCUCCAAGAGAAGGGUCAGCUCUUUCUAAUCGACAGACUGUGCGUGUUUCAACAACUAGAAAUCGGCCUUCCACAAGCAAUAAUGAUGCGGUAGAGGAUUAUGAGUCGGAGAUAGAAAAACAAUCGGUUCCUCGGCAACAACCACAACAGUUCCAGAGAAAGAGAUGGCAGAAACCAAACCGACAAGAUCAUCGUGACAUGUACGUCAACCUUCGAAAGAACACCCACUCAGAUUUGAUUGAUGUUGGAGAAUCAAGCAUGAGGAGGUCUCCAAUGGCGCCAUUAAUUGCUUACAAAGAUUCCAGAGAAGUCGGUCAUACUAAUAGAGUGGUUAUGCAGAGGACGUCGUUUGGCUCCAAGUCAAAUUCAGUGGAUUUCGAAUUGAGAUAA